GCGUCUGGAUAACAUUGAACCCUUCUUUUGAAGACUUCUGGAUUCCAUUCAUCCGUCCGUGUUGUGCGGAUGUGAUAGGAACGGUGUUUAACCAAAGCCUUCAAUCACGACCUAAUGAUAAUUCACCUGGCUUACCAGCUCUCUCAACUAUAGAGUCAACAUUCCCCCACACGUGGAAAUCGAAGUGCGCCUCAAAAAGCAGAAGCUCGCCUCUAUUUCAUGGUCCUCUGUCAACACACGGCGCGACUUUCGUCGUAAUGCUUCUUUCAUUCGGCCUCCUUCUAUUUGGCAUGCCGAGACUCAAGUCAAACUUUACUUGACGAGGACUGUUCGCUUGGAUUAAUUGCUGCAGGAUCAUAACCAUGCAGAUGUCCUCUAUAAAUUCUACCGUCAGACUGACCCAUGUACCCUCUCGGGCUAUUCUUCUCGGCUCUCUGCUUGGUGCACUACUCUCUGGCAUCGUCGCGAUGCAGGUAUUUCUCUACUUCAAGUUAUAUUCAGAUGACCCUCUACGCUUUCGAGGAUUGGUCUUGUUCAUAUGGCUGUUGGAUAUCCUGCACACCGCCAUGGCGUGUGCCUCGAACUGGUCGUACCUCAUAGCUCACUUCGGUGAUGACAACGUCGCUGACUCGAUCAUGUGGCCCACCGCUGUAACCGUUGCGCUCACGGCAUUCAUCACCUUCUUCGUGCAGAGUUUCUUCGCGUACAGAAUUUUUACUUUGAGCAAAAACUGGUUCAUUACCUUACCUAUCGGUAUUUUGACAACAGCACGAUUAGCUGCAGCACUCGUAUCUACGUCAAAAAUGAUUGAACUAGGGCAUUUUUCUGAGUUCGUCCAUUCCAUCGGCUGGGUCUUCACAAUGGGAUUGUCCCUUGCAACAACGGUUGACGUAAUGGUCACUUUCACCCUAUGUUGGUACCUAAACAAAAGUCGGACAGGUUUCCAGAGCAUGGAAGCCAUCGUUGAUUCGAUCAUUCUAUAUACUAUCGAGACCAACUCGCUCACCUGUAUCACGACGGCUAUUUCUUUGAUUUGCUGGAUAUCCAUGCCCCGAAAUCUCAUUUUCCUCGGCCUACACUUCGGUAUCAGCAAGCUUUAUGCGAAUACCCUCCUGGCGACUCUUAAUGCUCGCAAAGCGCUCCGCGGACGUUCAGAGUCUACUCGCAAUCUCUCGGAGUACUCGUUGUCCCUUGUUGCCCAAAAUCACGGCCCUGGGUUUAUUAGAAGAUUGGAAAGCUCACCACCUCGAGGAACGCAAUCUUUGACAAAGACAGUUCAGAUUCGCGUGGAAGAAACAGUGCAGCAUCAUGUCGACGCAUCGUACUUGGAGCCCAAAUCAUUCGCGGAGGGUCGUAAUGGAGAUAAGUGAGAGGCAGAUAUCGUAGUGUUCUAACCGAUUGCGAAUAUCCUUCUUGAAGUGUUGGAAGGGCAUGUAUUUGUAUUAGGCUUAGUCUUCGACUGUGUUGAUGUUUCCCUUUGAGAGUGUCCUCGACUUACAGCGUUAUUUCCUACUAUUUGAAUUGAAGGAUGUCCGACUGGUGGCUUUCGCGUUUCUCCAUUCUCAUGUCAGAAACAAAUCUGGAAGUAUGCG